CAAAACAUCGUUUUGUUCCUUCAAGAAUUGUCUGCAGUCUUUCAGAAUGGUUACAGAAACACUCUAUCCCUGAAACUAGUGUUGACAGCAUUUUGCACCUCCUGUCAUUUCUUCCAUAAGUCAUGGAAGACUGAAUUCAGCCGACUGGUUGUUGUUUUUUUUUCAGCGAAGGAACGUCACUCCCGAUUGACCGGUGAUCAGUUCCACACAACCACCAGAAUGAACCAGAGAGUGGAAACAUUCUGGGACCUGAGGAGGUUCCUGAAGACUGAAAAUGUAGAAAUAGAGGGACUUAUGAAGUCCGAAUUGAGGAACUGGUAUACAAAUGAGUACAAGACAUACAAACAACAGAUAUCACCCGAUGAGAAGCUCCCAACAUUCUUUCUUAUCAUGCAAGCAGUGUAUAAACUGAAGAUAGCUCAUUAUGAAGAUGAGAAACUAGUCCUUGGACCGAGUCCGGAGAUGAAAAAAGAGAGAGAGAAGACAGCAAAACAGAAACCCCAGAAACAAAAACACCUGAAACAAAUGAGAGUAACAGAAAAUGUCAACCAAAGGGAUAAGAGUUCCUCACAGAGUUCAGCACAGAAAUCUGCACAAAGAUCCCCACAGAGGGAUGUACAUGAAGAAAUUGCGAGACAUGAAGAUGGGACUAUGACAUUAAAUGGAAAGAUGGUUACGAGGAAACAGCUGAUGAAAAGGCAUAGAAUGGCUGUUGAUCAGCAUCUGACGUUCAAGUCUGGUCUUGCUAAAGUUGUCAAUCAGCCGGAUUUUAAAGGUGACCCCAAUGAGUGGAAGUUUAUAGGUAAAACUGAGAGAGGCUUCUACUGUACACUUUGUCAGUCAAAGCUCACAUCACAUCCUGAUGCAGAGAGACAUUUAGAAGGAAGAAAACAUAGAUUGGCUACCUCUAUGAACCUGAUCAGAUCUAAAAAAGAUAAGCUGGUUGAAGGAUCUCCCACCAUUUCAAUAACUGCUGAUACAGAAGAAAAGGAGGGAACUUACUUCAUAAACACUGAGGAAGAAAUAGUUAAGAUGGUUGAGAUUACAAUAACCAAUAAAGGUGAUGUACCUGUAGAGCUUGCUCACUGUGAAAUGAUGAAGAAAGUUCGAGUGUUUACUCUGCGUGACAGUAAAAAGGUUACAGAUGGUAUGGGAACUGCCAAAUUGAGUCCAGGUGAUUCGUAUAAAAUACAAGUGAGAACACAAGCUCAACAUGUCGGCAACUAUCACUGCCCACUGAUGUUUCAUUUUAUUGUGAGAGGGCAGAAUGGCAAACAAAAUGGUUAUAUCCUACGAUACCUACAUUGCAAGUGUAAAAACAGCCUGAUAGAUGAUAUGAAGCCUACAACAAAGUAUAAAAGACCACCAAGAGUAAAUAAAGGCAAAGGGGCUGCCACUGAAAUUGUUCCAGGUUUCAAACUUCCAAGUUCAACUGGAGAUUAUUUAGAGAGAGAUAUAGAACUACCAGGGUCCACAGUUCCACAGAAUGUGCGUAAAAUGAUCAAUCGUGGUCUCAUUGAUCAGCAUGGCCUCACCGAACAAGAAAUAAACGAAAUGGGAAAUCUUAGGUGUGUUUUGGAUGCAGACCUAGAUAUGGUCCUGUACCAGAGAAGGUUUAAAACUCUGCUCUUCUUUGAGGAGGUACAGAUGGAGGUGGAUAUCAGGAAAUACGAUAUGGAAAAUGUGCCGAUGAGAAAUUACAGCUCGAAUAGUAGAUUACUUCUCCUGGAGGUACCAGGAUUGUCUGAGAACCGGCCAUCUGUGUUACGAGGAGAUUGGUUGUUUGUCAGUCAGUGUGAUGCAGAGGGAAAUAGAAGCAAGAGGGAAUACCAGGGAUAUGUACAUGAGGUAUUACAGAAUGAAGUAGCAUUAGGAUUUGAUAAAAGUUUCAGGGAUUCCUUCAUUGAGAACCAGAAAUUCAAUGUCCGAUUUGUAUUUAAUCGCCUUCCUAUCCGUCUACAGCAUAGGGCUUGUCAACUUGCAUGUGAACUCAGUCUUGGAGAAAUUCUGUUUCCACAUGAAAGCAGACUUCAAAAAAAUGUGGAACUCCCAGAUUUAAAACUAUACAAUCAAGACCUUGAGAAGAAUGAGCAGCAGAAAUAUGCUGUCCAACAUAUAAUUGCCGGAACAUCUAAACCAGCUCCUUACCUUGUGUUUGGUCCACCAGGAACAGGCAAAACUGUGACCAUCGUUGAAGCUAUUAAACAGAUAUGGAAAUGCACCUCAUCUAGUCAUAUCCUGGCAUGUACACCAUCUAACAGUGCAGCAGAUCUGAUUGCCAAACGAUUGAUUCAACACAUUCCUAAGUCUGAGAUUAUACGACUGAAUGCAGCUUCAAGGUCAUGGGCAGCUGUUCCUGAGGAAAUAAAGUGUGUGUGUAACUACAACAAAGACACUCGCCACUUUUAUUACCCUCGCAAAUCAGACCUUCAGAAAUAUAGAAUCAUCAUUACAACUUUAGUAACAGCUGGCAGACUAGUGUCAGCAAACUUCCCAUCAGGCCAUUUUAGUCAUGUAUUCAUUGAUGAGGCAGGACAUGCACCAGAGCCUGAAGCCUUAAUAGCUCUAGCAGGGAUCAUGGAAGUGAAUCCAGCCCUCCAGACUGGAGGUCAAGUUGUGAUAGCAGGAGACCCUAAACAGCUAGGCCCUAUUCUCAGGUCACCAUUGGCAAUCAAGUAUGGACUAGACAUAUCAUUGUUGGAGCGGUACAUGGAGUCAUGUGACCUAUACUUGCCAUCAGGUGAUGAGGGCGGUCACAAAAGUUACGAUGUACGUGUGAUAACAAAGCUGCUCAACAAUUACAGAUCUCAUCCUGCCAUCUUGAAACUUCCCAAUGAAAUAUUCUACGACAAUGAGCUUGUUCCUUGUGCAGGGAUAGACAGAGAGAAACUUUGCAGAUGGGAAGGAUUACAGAAACAGGGGUUUCCUCUGGUAUUCCAUGGAGUGGUUGGGGAAGACAUGAGAGAGGAGAGAAGCCCUUCAUUCUUCAAUCCACAGGAGGUGUCCAUUGUUGUGCAAUAUGUUGAAGACCUAAUGACCUGCAAGAAAGGGGGAAUAAAUCUGAAACAAAGUGAUAUAGGAGUGAUUUCCCCUUACAGGAAACAGGUUCAGAAGAUAAAGCAAGUAUUAAGGAAGAAGAAAUAUGACAAGAUAUCUGUCGGAUCUGUUGAGGAAUUUCAAGGUCAGGAACGAACUGUGAUAAUUGUUUCAACUGUCCGAAGUAAACCUGAGUACAUGUCCUUUGAUAUGCAGUUCCGGCUUGGAUUUUUGAGAAAUCCGAAGAGAUUCAAUGUGACUGUGACACGUGCAAAGGCAUUAUUGAUUGUGAUUGGAAACCCUAAUACAUUGAGUGGGGACUUACACUGGAAACAGUUGAUAGAUUACUGUGAUGAAAAUGGGGCAUACAGAGGCACAGAGAGAAUGUCAGAAGAUGAUGAACUGGAAGAUCUCAUUCAGAGACUGGCAGCUGUUGAACUUAUUGAUGAUGAAUGCAGGCUCAUUCCAGAAAUACAGAGUGAUUACAAUGAACAAGCAUGGAGAAGUGAUAUUUAGUCAUGAUUUACAGCAGGACUGUGAUAAGUCUCAUGAAAAAAUGAAAUUAUUUUUAGCAUGGUCAUGUAAAUUUUAUUUUCAUAUUGUACUGUAUGUUUAUUUUGAAACAUUUGAAUUUGAUUAAUUUUAAAGCUGUGACACAUCAAGUGAGAAUUAAAAACAAUAUAACUAAAACAGACAGAUAAGAAUUUAUUGUAGUCUCAUUUUUGUGCAUUAGCAAUAUAAUACAGACUAAAUCUGUAAAACGCUAUUAAAGGCAACAGAAUGAUUUUAGAUCUUUCUAUUUUUCUAACAUUAACUUUUUAUAUCAUUUUAGAGUUUUACAACUUGUGUGUUGCUUAAAUGUGUAAUUGUUAUUGAACAAUAAAGACAAUAACUAUGAAGUC